CCCUCUCCAAUCUGAGGACUUUUCAUUUGCGUCCCCAAACACGUUCCGUACACAUUGGAGAUUGCAGUAUAAAGUAGUAUAUCAGCUUGUGGGACUUUCGAAUAGUUGUUAUCAGGAAGAGCACGGGAAACGAAGACGCUUUCUACCGUUAAUUACGGCGGAGAAUUUCCUUCGCUCUGGUAAUAGCUUGGUCCUUCCCUUACCUCUUGCAUUAUUCUUUGACACUCUUCCAUUACAGCUCCAAAAGAGGCCCAGCUGUUCUUGAAGUGUUUAACACAUCACAGGUUGUUCAACUCACCUUAAGACAGAUAUAAACGAAAUUGUGUUGUGGAGACUCGUGGUGUGAAUAAUACAUCGUGAAAUGUGUUACCCGCAACUUGGGGAUCCACUCAACCUUCGGCUGCAAUGGUGCAAGAGGGCACGCGAAUCGUAUUACUAGUCUGACUCCAUAGUGGGGCUAGGGAAGAGGGGGGAAAUUUGACACGAUGGCUCGUACCGUGUCCCAUGGUCGAGAGGCUUCGAAGAGGGAGGGGGUCACGUGGCGGAGUGGCCAUCAACCAAUUCUUCCAGACUACAUUAUACACCCAGCCUCCAACCAUCAGAAAGACACAGUUAUGGCUUCUCUAUUUCCUGUGAUAUUCCUGCUUAUCAUCGUACUUGGUUUGGAGGCGUGCACAUACCUUCUAGUCCCGAAAGGUCCGCAGCAGGUGACUAUUCGGACCGCUCUCAUGCUUACAUUUGCUGCGUGCUAUCUCAUGUGGAUGGUGACUUAUAUGGCUCAACUGCACCCUCUCGUCGCGCCAUAUCGGUCGCCAAAGCUGGAAAUUUGAUUAUGGUAGGGUAUGGGACGGACGCUAUACACUACACCGGAUGUAAGAUACUCAUGUGCCCUCGUGUAAUAGACCUUAUCGUUGGUCUUGUUCUGCAUAAUAGUGCGAGCUCUAGGACGUUAUCAUCUAGUUUUUGGUGUGGCAGCUGGCGAGUUGAAUCCUUCAUAUCCAUCAUGGACACUCGUACAUUCACCACUUUGUUGACGCCGAAUGUACAUAUAGUUCGCCGGUGACUACUCAGAAUUGGCUGAAACCAGCUGAGCCCAUUACGUCUUCCGUUGGUACGGGUAGUGUAUGUCAUCGAUUGAAUCAAUCUAGACGUCUCGUUAAACACCAAGUAUAUAUUCUAGUCAUGCUUCACA